GUUCAAAGCUUCUAGUAAUAUUUAAAUCACAUACACUGUAACUACUUUUACACAAUACUUUUAUUCUAGCUGUCCCACGAUGUCAAGACUUUCAAGCAAUUUCUUUAAUUUACUUAAACAUAAUAUCAUUCGCAUAUUUAAGUAAGCUAGUAGGUUAUCUUGUAUAAGGAAUAUGACCAUCUUUCAGGGCCGCGUAAUAUGCGAUCCAAGCAUGAUUGUAUCUUGAUACUAAUUUAAUAUUUCAGUGCUUAUCUUCGUCGGAUACAACAUCUAUAAAACCGAUCUAAACCUCUCAAGUUGAAUUGUAACAACAUCCAACUAUGAACAAUAAAAUUACUUCUUCUACCGUAUUUCUUUCUGGAGAAACAUUGGUAAAUUACUUACCUUGGCACGCUCUGAUCGAUGCCCUUAGGGACAUCUUCACGAAAGCAAUUGAAUGUCCUCCCAGACUUCACUAUCCCAUAAGAAGCUCCGUGAAUAAACAUGAAACUCAUGGUACUAUGCUGAUUAUGCCGUGUUGGUCUCCUGGUGAAUACAUUGGCGUCAAGCAAGUAAACGUUUUCCCCAACAACAGUAAGAAGAACCUGCCAAAUCUCGCUAGUCAUUACCUUUUAAGUGAUGCAAAUAGCGGUACCCAUUUAGCUCAACUGGACGGAGGAGAACUCACGUCUCGAAGAACUGCUGCCGCCUCUGCUCUUGCUUCUACGUACCUAUCUAGAAAUGAUGCGACUUCACUACUAAUCCUAGGAUCCGGAAACGUUGCUAGAAAUCUCAUCUACGCUCAUUGCUCUGUUCGUCCCAUCAACAAAAUUACCGUUUGGAAUCAUCGAUUUGAGAAUGCUGCCGCCCUCGUAAAAUCGAUUUCUGCUGAUUUCCCUUCUGUCACGCUGUGUGCGAUUAAAAAUGAAGACUUGGAACAUGCAGUUAAAGCUUGCGAUAUCAUUUCAUGCGCAACCUUAAGUACAUCUCCUAUUGUGAAAGGCUCAUGGAUUCAACCUGGUACUCACAUUGAUUUAGUGGGUGGUUUUACUCCAAAAAUGCACGAAGUAGACUCCGCCUGUGUUUCUAAAGCAGAAGUUUUUGUUGAUACAAGAUCUGGUGCGCUAUCUGAAGCAGGUGAUUUGUUAACACCAAUUAAAGAAGGUGCAUUCUCUCCUGAAGAUGUCCAAGCUGAUUUAUUCGAUUUGUGUCGUGAGCAUCACAAAGGACGUGCUCAGUUGACUAGCAUUCAAGAUGCCAUUACACUCUUUAAGUCUGUCGGAGACUCUAGAGAAGACCUUGCUGCAGCUUCUUUAGCUUAUAACACGCACAAAAAUAAGAGUCUAUAAAUUUCAUUAAUGCCUAGAAAAUAGAUUUCUAUAAAUUAUCAAAAGAUUGUGUAUUAAAACUAAA